AUGGAUGAUACGCAACGUUCUCCCUUGCUGAGCAUCAAGGCUUCACUGGAACCCGACUAUGCUCCGGUGAAGACCUUUCAGGAGGGCAUGUCUGUAUGUUGGAAGGAGUCUGUGAAGCUGUGGAAAGUUGCAGCUCCGGUGGCUUUCGCGGCUCUCUUUCAGUACCUCAUCCAGUCCAUCACCACCAUUUUCAUCGGACAUCUCGGAGAUCUUGAGCUCUCUGCUAUUUCCCUCGCUCAUAAUGUCAUCAACGCCAUCGCUGUUGGCUUCCUGAGAGGUAUGGCAUAUGCACUUGGAACGCUUUGUGGACAAGCUUAUGGUGCAGGCCAAAUCGACUCACUUGGUAUCUAUAUGCAGCGCUCAUGCAUCAUCCUAACCAUUGCUUGUUUUCUCCUCUUAUCACUUUACAUUUUUGCCACUCCAUUCCUCAAGAUUUUAGGCCAACAAGAAAGUCUAGCCGAGUUUGCUGGAAACUACAGUCUGUUGAUAAUCCCUCAGAUGUUCUCCUUUGCCAUCAAUUUGCCCACCCAAAAGUUCCUUCAGGCUCAGAGCAAGGUCGGCGUCAUUACAUGGAUCUCCUUUGUGGCUCUAGUCACACACACAGGACUCCUUUAUCUUUUCAUUAGCGUACUCGGCUGGGGGGUGAAUGGUGCAGCUGUAGCUUAUAACAUCACAUACUGGGAAGUUGCAGUUGGUCAGUUUGUGUAUGUUGCAUUUUUGUGCAAGGAAGGUUGGAAUGGAUUUUCAUGGUUAGCAUUCAAAGACAUCUGGGAUUUUGCUAAGCUGUCUCUUGCCUCAUGUAUGAUGUUUUGCCUAGAGAUGUGGUAUACUAUGAGUAUGAACAUUUUCGCCGGUCAACUUGAGAAUGCAGUGAUUGCCCUCGGUUCCUUCUCAAUAUGCUUGAACUUUCAAAGUUGGGAAAUCAUGAUUUUGGUUGGAGUGAGUACUGCUAUAAGCAUUCGAGUCUCAAAUGAACUUGGAAUGGGGCACCCAAGAGCGGCCAAAUACUCCAUAUGUGUUGCAGUCUUGCUAUCUCUCGUCGUUGGUCUUGUGUCUAUGACUUCUAUCUUCUUAAGUAGAGACUACAUUGCCAAUGUUUUCACAGACAGCAAAGUAAUGCAACAAGCUGUUGCUCAUUUAGCAUACUUUCUCGGCGCAGCCAUGCUUCUUAAUAGUGUUGCAGAAGUUUUGACAGGGGUUGCUAGUUGGAGGCGGGAUGGCAAGUGAUGGUAGCUU